GAGCAUUAUUACCGUUAGUUUUCUGGUGGACAAAAAUGGCAAAAUAAAGAAAAGCUCGAACAAGUGAAAUCCUCUUCUGUUGAUAUCUCUUUCUCUGCAGGCUGCACGGAAAAACAAAUGCGUACUCUACUGUCUCACUCUCGGCUACUCCACGCAUCUUCUUCUCUUUGGUCUUCAAUUCUUGUCUCCAGUAGAAAUUCCACCUCGAGAAUUAUCAGUUUCCGUCAUCUGAGUCUCUUCAAAAGUUUCGAAGCAUCUCCUUCUAGACGAACUUUUGCGAUCAUGGCUGGAAGUGAGGAUUUCGUGAAGGGAAAUGUCUUUCCCAAUGGAGUGGCAGUUAUCACCCUCGACCGCCCCAAAGCACUCAAUGCCAUGAACCUAGAUAUGGAUAUCAAAUAUAAAAAUUAUCUCGAUGAAUGGGAAGCAGAUCCUAGAGUCAAGUGUGUUCUGGUAGAGAGCAGUUCACCUCGUGCCUUCUCAGCAGGUGGCGAUGUGAAGCAGAUCACUAUGAGACGUAAAAAAUCAGAUAUGAUUGAGGCAUUUACUGCAGAGUAUUCUCUCAUAUGCAAAAUUUUUUACUAUAAAAAGCCAUAUAUCUCAUUCAUGGAUGGCAUAACAAUGGGAUUUGGAAUUGGACUUUCUGGUCAUGGUCGGUACCGGAUUGUCACUGAGAGAACAGUCCUUGCCAUGCCAGAAAAUGGAAUUGGCUUGUUCCCAGAUGUUGGAUUUGCUUACAUUGCAGCACAUAGUCCAGGAGGCGGCUCAAUUGGUGCUUAUCUUGGAAUGACCGGGAAAAGGAUUACUUCUCCUUCUGAUGCAUUAUAUGUAGGCCUUGGGACUCAUUAUGUGCCAUCUGGAAACUUGGGCUCACUGAAGGAGUCCCUUCUUGCACUGACUUUCUCCGAUGAUCCACAUGAAGAUGUUAAUGCACUGUUGUCCAAGUAUAGCAAGGAGCCUGAGGUAAAGGCCCAACUGGAUUUGCUUUUACCACAAAUAGCAUCAUCCUUUGGCACACAUAAAUCUGUCAUUGAGACGAUGGAAGAACUUGAGAAGCAUCAGCUGAGCACAGAAGCUACAGUGGCAGAAUGGGCUACUGAUGCACUUGCAGGGCUUGGAAAAGGUGCUCCUUUUUCUCUAUGUUUAACACAGAAUCACUUCUCUAGAGUUGCCUCUGCACAGGGUAAAAAUGGUAACGAUCUAUGCAAAUUACAUGGUGUAAUGAAAGCUGAAUAUCGUAUUGCCAUAAGGUCUUCGCUUCGAAAUGAUUUUGCUGAAGGUGUACGUGCAGUCUUGGUGGACAAGGACCAGAACCCAAAGUGGAACCCAUCGAGAUUGGAGGAUGUUGUUCCAAGUGAAGUGGAUGCUCUCUUUGAGCCACUGGGCCCAGAAGUUGAUGAACUGAGAGUGUGAUUCUUAGAAGAUCAAAUUGUUCCAGUCUUUUAGUUUCUUGUGUUCAUAACAGCAGAAGACUUAAAUCGUCAUUAAAUAGAUUGUGAUCCUAUGGACAAAAGAAUAAAAAUUGGAUGAGUGAUGCCCACUACAUACCAUAGUUUUGCGUCACCAUACUAUAGUUUUAUUAUUUGUCCAUGAAGCUACUAUAGUUUUGCAUCAUCAAUUUGCGUGGGAAGGAGCACAUUUUGAAUAUUUGGUACAUGACACAGACUGUUCUCACACUAGCGAGAGGAAGGACUGGAUACUGACCUGAGCUCCGGCAUUUUUUGCUCAUAGCGGCUACUCUAAAACAUGAAGCAAUGUUCUUACACUUGUCAGCCAGAGAUUUUAUCCAAGCACCAAGCAAUAACACCUUCAGACUGGUACUCGGUGCUAAUUUGUACUUUAAUCUCCCCAUGCAACAGCUCUUGAAUUCAAGACAAGGAAAAUGGCUUCAUUAGUGAAGACUAAUACCCCAAAUGUUGUGCCAAGAUGUGGACUCUUCCUGAGUCGCAUUGUUUUGCAAGGUUCAAACUUCAAAGUAUUGGUACGAUAUGUAUCGGUUUUUCAGGCUGUCGAUACGCAAAAUAAAAAGUAUUUGCGACCA